GAGUCUACAACCGGCUCCGAGCGGGCUUGCGCUUGCGUGACUUCGGCGACGACAACACUAUCCCAUAUGCCAUUCACACAACAAGAGACACGCACGGUCGCACGCCUCGUCUCGUAUUCAUUAAUUAUACAUAUUAGUAAUAAAGUUACCGGCAUUACGAGUUGUAAAAUUGUUUUAUUUAGUUUAUUUGAUUAUUGAGUCAGUGUUAAUUGAAAUAAUUAGUGUAAUUAUGAAGGAGAUAAUCUUUAUAUUGGUGAUAUGCUGCGGCGUAGCAUUUUCUGCAAUGCCUUGCUGUCUAGACGGCUCUUUAAUUUAUACGGGGGGAUUUUGUGGGGAGGACAAGAUUAAUAAGGUAGCCCUAAACUGCAAUGACGGAAGAUUGGUUUUAAAUGACAUAGUGUUAAAUGGUGAUAAGGUCUCCACAAUGGACACACCAGGCUAUGUGUUCGUAGAAGACACAUCGCAGUACUGCAUCGGAAAUAUGGUCAAGAGUUCAAACAGAACCCCUGCGGAGUUAACACGCGUCGCUCUAGUUUGCUUUGAGCAGGUCUCGCAGAGCGACUCAGAUUUAGAGACGAGUGGCAUCCUUACAAUCAUAUCCGUUUUCUUUUUGCUGGCAACUGUUGUAGUGUAUGGCUAUAUACCUGAGUUGAGAGACUUGCAGGGGCUGUGCUACAUGUGCAUGUGCAUCAGCAUGGCGUUCGGUUUCCUGUGUCUGGGGUCGCUGCAACUGACUCGGUGGAUUACUGGCGCGUUAUGCACCACGACUGGAUUUUUCAUAUACACAUGGAUGAUGGCUACUUUCUUCUGGAUGAACGUGAUAUGCAUCAAUGUAUACCGAACAGUGCAUGAUGCUGCCCACUUGCGAAACACAGAAAAGAAGCAAUACUUCUUUUACAGCUGCUAUGCUUGGGGAGGCACACUUUUGUUCCUCACCAUCAGUCUUAUCACCAACUUUGUGGAGGGCAACCAUCUCAAGCCUGACUUCGGGAAAGGCAGCUGUUGGUUCUCUGGACGAACAGAGACGUGGCUAUUCUUCUACGGACCAAUAGCAAUUCUCAUAGCUGCAAAUGUGGGUCUAUUUAUCAUGUCUUCCCGCAGUCUGUGGGCGACCACGCGGAAAUAUGAGGCGAACAAACUUAACAUAAUCAAGUACAAGUUCCUCCUAUCCCUUAAACUGUUCCUUGUGAUGGGCAUUUCUUGGAUAUUCGAAAUUGCUAGUUUUGCUCAUGGAGAAAAACACAUAGUUUGGAAAAUCAUGGACACUUUUAACUGCCUGCAAGGAUUCGUCAUUUUCGUCCUAUUGGUUCUUUUGAGAAGGCGUGCCAUGAGAGGCUUAGCUGGCGAGCAUUGUUGCUUGCCAGUCACGAGCAAAUUGGCAGAUAUGCUGAGCCCCCAUGACGACUCUGAUGAUCAGCUCAUCCUGGCCGAUGAGACCGUUGAAGUAAGGCUCAAUUAAAAGUAACUGUCACAAAAAGUUAAGUGUAGUGCAAGAUGCGCUAACGAGUGUAAAAGACAAUGUGUGUUUAUUUAUAGUCAUUAUGAUAAAAUUAAUUAUCGAGAAUUUUGUUAUAUACCAAAAAUAUCAAUAGGAAUCUCUAAAAUGAAUGGAGCAGGGUAUAAAUAUUUGAUAGCAAUAUUGUUAGACUAAAUGUUUCGAAAAUAUUUUAAUUUUUCUAAUGCCAUGUGUAAGACACGUUGCACUUUGUGUAAUAUUUCUAGGUAAAAAUGUGCCAUAAUAAUGUAAUCUAUUUUUAUUUCAAAUUAAUUUUGAAUUAUUUGAAUCCUUCAUUAUUUUUAUAAAUAUCAUUUUUAAGCAUUGUAAAUUAUAUUUUUCUUUGUUGAAAAGUUAAUUGUAAGUGAUGAUAUUAUAAUUAAAAUAACUGUCAGAAAAGUUGUUUAGCCUAAUAAAACUACUCUACGAGUAUGUGCUUUCAAUAAUGUGAAUCUUAUGCAAGUCAACUUUCUUCUUUAUUAUAAAAAAUAAAGGCCACGUCGUUUUGCAUUCCAGUCCAGUAUAUGUAUAUUUACUAUUAUGUAAAUACCGUACUAUUUCAUGUAAGUUAAUUUGUAAAUGAUUGUGUUCCUAAGCAUGCAAUAAUUAAAUAUUAUGAAAAUGAA